AUGGUAUAUAAAAGGAUCGCGGAGCUCGGCGUAGGUCAGUUGUGUGGUGGACGUUUGAGUGAUCGUGUGCUUUGCUUUUAGUCUACUAGAGUCUGCCCCUAUCCUGGACACUGUCCCGCAAUUGCAGAUUAUUUAACUCUUCGAACCACAUAUUCAGGAUGGCAGGUGGUCGUGGUGUGUGUGUAGGUGUGUGGGUACUGUUGUCCGUGGCUGGCCUCGCCCUUGGUCGGUGCUCCUCAUCCACCGACUGUGGUUCAUUAGAAUGCUGCAAUGUAGGGAUGAUGAGGUACAGCAUUCCUCAGUGUGUACCCCUGGGCGACCUGGGGUCUUGGUGCCGCAUCAAUGCCGAGCCGGUGGACUUGAGCCUUCACUACCCCAACAAUCAGAAUAUCAACGUGAAGGGUGGAUACCUGUUGAUGUGUCCAUGUCGGCCAGGCCUAGUGUGCUCUAGGGAAUCCUCCACAUGCCAGCUGCCCACACAAGACACAGUCAACGAACUCAACGUAGAGUGAGGGGCGAUAUGAUAAAAGUGUAUAAAUGGAAGUCAGGGCUAAACAAAGGGAACAUUACAAAUGUACUCAAACUAUCCAACCAGGAGCGAAAUCGUAACAAUGGUU